AUGUCGAACAGCCGCAUAUUGAGCGCCGAGGAGGAUCUGCAGCUGGAUGCCUGGCUGACGAUCAAACAGAUCAAUCUCAACAAUCGCACGCGCCGCGAUCUCUGCGACGUGGUGAAUGUGGCGAAGCUGUUCAAGCAGCUCGAUUACAAGCUGGUGGAGGCACAUAAUUACUUUUCGCACAGCAGCCUGUCCUUGAAGUUGCAGAACUGGGAGACCUUCAAUCUGUUGGUGCUGCGCAAGAUGGGCAUGACGUUGUCACGGCAGGCGCUCGAGGAUCUGGCCACGGGUCGUCUCGGUGCCAUCAAAUCGCUGCUCUUCCAACUGAUGUGUGCGGAGCGCAACGGGAUCAGGCUGCGUGCCGGUUCGCGCUCAUGUCUGACAGGCACUGGCACCGAUGUUGAGAUGCUGCUGGACGAAUCGAUCCCGAUCCACACGAAGGCUGUGCCGAGUGAUCCGCAGUCGUUUCUUGAUGCCAAGUACGAGGAGCUGAUUCGUGAGAGCAACCAGAGGGAUAACGAUAUUAGCUCAAUAACCGACAGGAUUAAGCAUCUGGAAUCCGUCAAGCUGAUCAAAGAAGAUCGCAUCAAUUGCCUCAUUGAGAAUCUGGCCCUGCUUUCGGUCCGCACGCUGACCUUGCAAAUUCUGUGUAGGAAUCCCAAAUGGAAACAGAAACAGCUGCAAAAGCUGCAGCAGAAGCUGGAUAUAAGGCUCAAGAAACAUCAGCUAAAAAACAAUAGAAAAAACUGCAUAAAAAACGGCUAA